AUGUUUAUUUUCACAUCAAUAUUCAUUCCUCUCGCAUUUUGUGGAACAUGGCAUUAUCAUCUUGAUUCUGGUGAAUCCCUAAUAAACAUACACGGUAGUCAAAUUGACAGAGCUCGAGAAUGUCUCCCAUAUCAUUCCGAAUUUAUUAGUGUGAGUUUUUUUGAAUAUUUUCAUAUUGGUUACGAUUGUUUUCAGUUUGUGACGUGUUGUGUUUUUAGUAAUUCUGAAGUGUGAGUUUUUUAAAAAGCGAAGGAAACAUUGUUUCUAAUGAAAAAAAACUAUAUUGAAAAAAGUUUCGUUUUUUUGAUGAUUGAAUUUCCAGAAGCGAAACUAAUAAAUAUUUAUCAGUUAUGAAAAUAAUCCUCAAACCUUAUUCAAUGUAAGUUUUUUCAAAAAAUCUGUGUUCCUAAUUUUGUUUUCAAAUUUCUAUUACAGGGAACAGAUCCACAAAAAACUACCUAAAAUUUCUGAAAUUUUCGAAAGUUACAAAGCUUCUGUUCAAAUGCAGAUGGCGAAAAAGUGUCUUGCAACAUACGCUAAUGUAACUUUGGCUGAAAAAUGUUAUCAGGAUUAUCAAAAACCGCUGAACUUUGGAAUUGUCAAUGAAAUUGAGAGAAUGAAGAAUUGUUGGGAGAAGUUUCAAAAUGAUGAAAUCAAAAAAAGAUUAUGUAUUCAAUCGAAUGAAAAAUAA